CACAGAAACACAGAAAAGCAGAGCCUGCAAAGUAGCCUUGGCUAACUUCCUCCGCCGGUGACGGAGAUGCUAACUCUCACAGCCAGCUCCGUUACGCCCAUGGCGGAAAAAUGCACGUUCCGACGUCGUUUGAGGGUCCGGUCUGAUGGGUUCCCUUCGUUCCUUCCCAAAGAGGUCGAGAAUAUUAAGGACCCAUUUGCUCGAAAGCUCGCCACACGGAUUGUUAGGCUUCCUGUAAGUUUGAAGGGAAAUAGUAUUAUGAGUAGUUGUGUUAAGCCAUUGAUAGAGAGCAAGAAAAGUCCAGUGGUUCUUCUCCACGGCUUUGACAGCUCCUGCUUAGAAUGGAGAUAUACUUAUCCAUUGCUUGAGGAGGCUGGCCUGGAGACUUGGGCUGUUGACAUUCUUGGUUGGGGUUUCUCUGAUUUAGAAAGACUUCCCUCUGUUGAUGUGGCCUCUAAGCGCCAUCAUUUUUAUCAGCUUUGGAAGUCCUACAUCAAAAAACCCAUGAUAUUAGUUGGACCAAGCCUUGGUGCUGCUGUUGCCAUUGACUUCGCAGUAAACUAUCCUGAAGCUGUUGAAAAACUGGUCUUGAUUGACGCGAGUGUGUAUGCAGAAGGCACAGGAAACCUAACAAGUUUGCCGAAAUUCGUUGCUUAUGCAGGAGCGUCUUUAUUAAAGAGUGUCCCUUUGCGUUUGUAUGUGAAUCUAUUGGCAUUCACAGAGAUAUCAUUCAAUACCAGCUUAGAUUGGAUGAAUAUCGGUCGCUUGCAUUGUCUGCUCCCAUGGUGGGAGGAUGCAACUGUGGAUUUUAUGAGGAGUGGGGGUUAUAAAGUCGGUGCUCAAAUAGAACAGGUAAAGCAGAAGACACUUCUCAUAUGGGGUGAGGAUGACCAAAUUAUCAGCAACAAGCUUGCAGUGAGGUUGCACUGCGAACUGCCGAAUGCGAUCAUACGCCAAAUACCGGAUUGCGGCCAUCUUCCGCAUGUUGAAAGGCCAAGCAGCGUUGCCAAAUUGAUUGUGGAAUUUGCUCAACGAGAUUUCUUUGAAGGGGCUCAAUACAUCUCAGUUUUGAAGAUUUAAUACAUUAUGACCAAUUUGAUAUGAACUCCGCAGAAGAACAAUGGAUUUAUGGGAUGACAUCAAAGGCAGUUAAAAAAAAAAAAAAGUGUGAAAGUUUUUGCUGGAAAAACAAGGAUAAAAGUUGAGAUAUAUCGGAAGGAAUAUUAUCAUCUCAAAUGGGAUAUAAAGUCCAUGGGUCCAUUAUGUCAAAGGCCUCAUUUUUAGAGUUUGCGGCCAGAUGUUUGGUAGGUAGUUCACAAGUCUUAAUCCCUCACACGUCUAACAUGCUAGCCUGAAAUGUCAUAUUCAUUUAAUGUUGUCUUCAGUGGAAAAAGAAGGAAAAAAAAAAAAAAAAAAAAAGAAAGAAAAAGAAAGAGUGACAAAAAGGAAGAGCUUAUCUUCAAUUUAAUACUUGUUCCAUUGUAUUCGGCUUUUUCGGCCAUGCACGUCAAAAUUCAAUUCAAUUCCUGUAGUUUGAAAUUCGUGUACCAUUCUAGCUAGCUAUUUUGUAAUUUUAUCCAAGAGAAAUCUGGUUCUGG